AUGACUAUGAUGAGGCAGAUCAAACAGAACGUUGCUGCAGUAAUGACAAAAGAAUCAUCCUCCACCAUGAUCGAACCAUCUAUUCGUGUCCGUCGGGCAAUUCACGCCAACGAUGCGGCCUUACUGCACCGAAUCCUCAAGACACACCCAAACUAUCUCCUAAACCCUGAUUCCUCUCCUUCCGGCCAGUCCAACUCGAAUAUGCACCUAGCAGCUUCGCUAGGCCAUCACGAAGUUUGCGAAGUACUAUUAAAGCUCGGCCACGAAGAUCCAUGCCCUGCUCUCAACGAAAGCCACCAAACUGCCUUGAUGCUUGCUGCAGCUGGCGGACAUACCGAUGUCGUCCAAAUCAUCUGCGAACACGACAAAACAUGCAUUCUUCGUCGCGAUAUUAGAGGCCGCGAUGCCGUCAUGGAAGCUAGCCUCGGAGGACACGACACUAUACUACAACUCCUCCUUACCUACGUUCCCGGUGGAGCUUAUGAAGCAGUCCGUCGCGCGGAUGUUGAAGGAAACACAGCACUGCAUUUUGCGAGUGGAAAUGGAAACCUGCUGGUACUUAGAACGCUGCUGGCAGCGGGCGCCGACAUACACAAACGAAACAUUUGGAGUUGGACUCCAGCUGCAUACAGCGCUACUGUUCAGGCUGAAGUCUACUUGAAGGGCUUGGUCAACGAGGUUGGGAAGCUACAACAGAAGCGAGAGAUUGAAUCGGCCAAGAAGGGUGGUGGAGUUCGAGUUGUUGAAUCCACAAGCGACGAGGAAUGA